ACACUUGCACAAGCGGCACAAAAGCCGACGAAAAUAUUGCCUUUCGUUUUCCUCGUCGCUAGAAGUUUUUUUCCGUCGGAAAAAAAACUGGGUUGAGAGCCACGAAAAUUUUUCUUUCCUAAUAGAUUUUUCUCUUUUUUUUCUUCAUUUUAUUUCAUUUUUACAAGCUUUUACAGUAAAGGGUAAGGGGGAGUGUGAUGGGAUCUUGUAUUUGUCCAUUGGAGACACCAGCAAGGUUGCUUUGGACUACUAGUUUCUUUCGCCACAAGCUCAUGAUCUUUUAAUUUUAUAGAAAAAGUAAAACACAGAGUUAAUCUGUGUGUACAAAACAAUCUUUACUUGUUUCUUUUACCAACACUUUUGUGUCCUUUUACUCACGAAAUUCCGUCGCUAAAGAGCUUUUAGCACAAAAAAUACAUAAGAUAUUGAGAAAGAGAAGCUAUAAAAAUGGAGUCCGGCCGUCUUUUUUUCAAUCCCUCGACCUGCCACGGCAACAUGUUGUUUCUGGGGAACAGUGAACCCAUCUUUCGAGGAGCAAGAACCACGCAUAGCAUGGAGGAAAACUCAAAGAGGCGACUGUUCUUCAGCUCACAGGAGGAUUUGUACGAGGAGGAGUACUACGACGAGCAGUUGCCGGAGAAAAAGCGUCGUCUCACGUCGGAGCAGGUGUAUCUGCUAGAGAAGAGCUUCGAGUCCGAGAACAAGCUGGAGCCGGAGAGGAAGAGCCAGCUGGCUAAGAAGUUAGGAUUGCAGCCAAGGCAGGUGGCGGUGUGGUUCCAGAACCGCCGUGCAAGGUGGAAGACAAAGCAGCUUGAAAGGGAGUACGAUCUCCUUAAAUCUUCCCUUGAUUCCCUUCAGUCAAAUUAUGACUCUAUUCUCAAAGAAAAUGCCAAGCUCAAAUCUGAGGUUGCUUCCUUGACUGAAAAGCUACAAGCCAAAGAUGUGGCAACAGAAGGAAUAACAGGUGAAAAGGAUGAACCCUUACGGGCUGAGAUGGUUUCCACCCUCCAAUUCAGUGUGAAGGUAGAGGACCGUCUGAGUACCGGCAGCGUCGGGAGCACGGUGGUCGAUGAGGACGCUCCGCAGCUAGUCGACAGGGGUGAUUCCUCCUACUUUCUGAGUGAUGAAUACCCUAGAUGUAUUGGCCCUAUCAACGGAGUUCAUUCGGAAGAAGACGAUGGCAGCGAUGAUGGUCACAGCUACUUCUCCAAUGUGUUCACAGCAGCCACAGAGCAGGAGCAGCAGCAUGAGGAGACAUUAGGAUGGUGGGUCUGGUCCUGAAGGAUCCUGCAAAGAAUAUCUAUACUGUUUCAUAACAUGUCAUGCUUUAAGACAACAUAUGAAGAUGACCUUAAAAAGAAGAGUGGUAUCAAAAGCCUAAUGUAUGGGGGUAAAGUAAAUGUAUAAAAUUUAAAGUCAA